CCGCAUUGACGGUAAACACCAGAAAGGUAACUGGCGCAUGAGCAGCCAGUGGGGACAUUAUACCACAUCGCAUCACAUGCCUUGUAUCUUUUGAAGUGUCGCGGUUGCUCAAAUCUUCGGCGUAUUUUCAAUUGGCGCACUUUUUAUGUCUUGAUACACCGAAAUUUAUAUUAUUUACGAUUCAAGGGACAUCGCUGUAUCAGCUGAUUACAAGACAUGGGUUCGGGUCCCUUCGAGCCCCGUUCUGUCAAAUAUCAGCCAACCAUCACUGAGGAUUUUUCUAUGCUGUAUGGAAUACACAGGCCGGAAUCUACAAUGAAGGGACUAGCGUGAUGUUGAUUUCCCGCAAUUAGGCUAUGUCAAUCAAGGGAAUGGGACCCUCGCUGAGAACCUGUUUCCAACGCUGGACCACCUAGAGAUUCAAAUGUUUUUUAGCUCUUCGUAGCUACAAUUUGGUUUAUUUUUUUUUACCAUUAAAAAAGCAGAAUAUCCAAAACCUAGCACCUGCUUCAUAGCAUCAUUUCUGUUCCUGAAUAACAGCAAACCUACCAGGCCAGAGUAUGCCAUCUGCACCAACUCACAGAAUUCUACGACCCCUUCUGCUCGGCACCUUCUUACUGGGCUGUUUUGUGACUGUGUUUUUGAUGUACAUCAAACCAUCCACUAGUUGGCUGUCAGGCCCUGUUGAAUCUGAAACCUCCACUGCCCGAGUCAAGAGCCUCCUGUCCAACAGAAGCGACCAGAACCAGACCAUAGUGCUUGUCUGGCUAUGGCCAUUUGGCGAGACCUACGACCUGAAUGUCUGCAGCUCCCUCUUCAAUAUUGAGGGCUGCUUCAUAACUGCAGACCGUAACCUAUACAAUAAGUCCGAUGCCGUUGUUAUUCACCACAGGGACAUCAGCGCUGACCUGUCCAACAUACCACCGGCAUAUCGACCUCCUCUCCAGAAAUGGAUCUGGAUGAACCUCGAGUCACCGUCGCAUUCAUCCCAGUUGCCCGGGAUUGAAAACUUGUUCAAUCUGACUCUGAACUAUCGUCAGGAUUCUGAUAUUGAAGUGCCUUAUGGAGCCAUCGUUGCAGCUCAUGGAGACGAAGACUUUGUACCACCGAGCAAGAACAAGCUGAUUUGUUGGAUCGUGAGCAACUGGAACCCAGACCAUGUCAGAGUGAAGUACUACAAUGAGUUGUACAAGCACAUAGAGAUUCACGCAUACGGCCAAGCUUUUGGCGAGUACAUAUCCGACCAGGACUAUUUCCCCACCAUCGCCAGCUGCAAAUUCUAUUUGGCAUUUGAAAACUCCAUUCACAAAGACUAUAUCACAGAGAAGCUGUACAACCCUCUCUCUGUUGGCACGGUGCCAGUGGUUCUGGGCCCACCUAGGGAGAACUAUCAGAAUUUUGUGGAGGGCGAUGCUUUCAUCCACGUCGAUGACUUCUCCUCCCCGAAAGAGCUGGCCGAUUACCUUCUUCUUCUAGACAAAAACGAGGAGCUGUAUCUGAGGUACUUUAACUGGCGCAAACACUUCAAGGUUAAGAAAGCCUACUUCUGGGCCGAACACACAUGCCUUGCCUGCGAUUACAUCAGAAGGCACAAUGAGUACAAGGCAUUUAACAAUCUUGACAAAUGGUAUUGGGCUUAAUCUAGGAUCAGAUAAAUGCAGAUUAUCUGAUGGUCAGUUGAACGAAUGAUAGGCAGGCAACAAGAGCCGGAUAUAAUUCGCUUCAAAUGAGGUACUACCACUAGCCGCAUAGACUGCUCCGUUUUAUUUUUAUAAAAUGGUCCAAAGUAGACAUUAAUUUAUUUUGGUGGUUUUAGUUUACAUCAUCUUCCAUAUUUAUUCAUUUUGGACACAAAGAGCAUAUUUUAUUAAGUGAUAACGUUUGCUACUGUAUUUUUUCUUAAUGCCUUCUUAUUUAACAUAUUUCAUGAGAUAUCCACUUAUCAAAUGUGAUUCAAAAUGGCAUUCCAUGUGCACAUGCUGUAUGACUAUUCAUAACGGGCGAUAAAACAGGUAUUCCAGAGAAAGUAAUAUGUAAUUGUUCAAUAUGAACUAUUUGUAUCUUAUUUAUUUCAUUCUGAUAUUGUGUAGAUGUUAGCAUUUAUCAGUCAUCUAUGCAUUGUUUAUGAUGCUGAAGCCGUGUGUGUAGCCCACCUGCUGUAAAGUGUGUAGUGUCUAUUUUGGGAAAAUCUGCUUUUCACUUUUUCCAUUACCUUGUAAGGAAGUAACUCGAACAGCCUUUGUCAUAUGUGGCAUAAUUUUAUCUGGCUUGGGUCUGCAUAACACCAAUGUAUAUUUCAUCAUUUGAAAUAUUUAAAUGUUGCAUUAUCUCUUGUCAAACAGAUGGUAAUAUGCUGAUUUGUGAGCCCAAGUUUGACAUGCAGAUGGAAGUGUGCAGGACCAUUGUAUCCACACACCUACAAAUCAUCUUUCAGCAAUGACCAUAUGGGCUUGGUGCAUGAGCCAUCCUUGUUUCAAUCGGUCUCUGUUUGUGGGAGUUCAGUGGAAUUUCCACGGAUUAAUGUAGACAAUUUUUCUUUCAUGUAAAUUUAGAUUUAUUGUAGAUGUUAUAUGUUAUGGUUCAGUUAUCGUUCUAUAGUUAUGAACAUUUAUGGUUCUACAAGCAAACUUGUGGUGGGUGGAUUCAUGGAUGGUGAUGAAGGCGGCACACCAAUCCUAGAUAAGCAUAAGCUUAGUAAACUUGUUUUGUGCCAAAGGUUUAAUUUAGGUUUUAACUGAAAGCAUAGGUGCAACCAAUGCAAUGCUGUAUGAAGCACUUACAGAGUAUUGUGAGCAAAAACUUAUAAAACACUGCUCAAUACUCUUCAGAAGGCAAUGACAAAUUUUUCUUGUCAGGGACUUUUGUUCACUUUUACUGCCCAUUAAAAACAAUGUAGAAAGUCAGCCCAGGUGAACAGAGCUAAAACAUCAUUUACAUCCCACCUUUUGAAUGUUUUUUUUUUUCUCUUUGCUGGAACAACAUGCAAGAAAACUCGAAUCUAUUAUGUAGCUGUGCAUCAACUGUAUUAUGGUGUUCAAUUGUCACAGGCUCCUCACUGCAGAAGAUAUUGCAAAAUACCUGUUUUCUUACUUAUCUUUCGUAUUCUAUAUGUGUUGGGUGACUUUUGAAAGAAGCUUAUGCCAUUUUAACCGCUUUUGGGUUUGGUAUAUCUGUACUGUGUUUUUAUUGUUAUCCAAUGUCAAACUUGUGUGAUCAAAUUCUACAUUAACCUUUUUUUUUUUAGAAACACAGAGAUGGUGUUACUUUAAAUGUACUAUACACAGGACAAUUCUUUGAUCAAUCUUUAAUGUUUGUACAAUAAGAAUAAGCUGUGAUCACUCUGUAUGUACUGUAAAUAGCUGUGUGAGGAUGUCUAACCUGUAGCUGUCAAAUACUGUGAGGACAAGUGAACGCAUUAAAAUAUGAUGUAUGAUGUAGGCCAUCAAGAAGGUCCUCUGUCAGAGGACAAGAAGUGGACGAGAAAAAAACUCUGGUGUCUUAAAAGCAGAGCUGACAGCGAACUGGAAAGGGCAUUCUCCGACGUGGCAGUGUUCCUAAGGAAAAUAUGAAUAGUUUGGGGAUUAGGUGUAAUCCCUCUGACACUCUUAGACUGAGACCUUCCACAAAAUAUUCACCUGAGAGCUGACAUGUCCACCUGACUUUGAGUGUGCAGCGGUCGCAUACUGAAUCAGUGUCAGAAGCGACAUGGCAAAAAGAAACAAACUAAAGGGGGUUGGGGGAGACUUUUAUUUAUACAUUUGCAUUCUUCACAAUUAUGUGAAACAGAGGUUGCUUCCUGACUGUAUUCAUGGAAUGCAUUUGUACUGUAUCAUUGUCUCUUUCUGUCACUUUCUCUCUCUCUCUCUCUCUCUCUCGCGCUCUUGUACGCUCUUGCAGUGUUUGCUGUGAGUUCCUGGUUCCCUUUAACAAACAGUCUUUGCAUUUUGAGUAUGUUAGUGCUGCGUGUCUCUGCUGGGUUGUACAUUUAGACUGGUGACACAGAGUAUUUCUCUAUGCAUUAUGGACUCCCAUUUGAAAUGACCUACAUUCCCUAUGUGCAAAAGGACUGGAAGGUGUUUUGAACCAAUCAUUGCAAAAUAUUCUGCCAAAACAUUAUUUGCCAAAUGAUUUACUGUAGACGUCUGUUAGUGUCAUGAAAAUAAAAUGACUAAAUUAAAUUCCACGUGUA